GUCACGGCUGUCGGUCUUCUUGCUGGACGCCUAGCAGACGCCUUUAUUGAGGACCACGAAGUAUUUCCGCAUUUAAAGCUGCUACAUACAGAGAAUUUGAAGACAAACGGAGUUGAUGGGGACGCGAGCGGGGAAGUAGAACGCAGCUUAGAGAAAGAUUUGAAGGCGGCGAUAGGCUUAGGUCAAAGUAAUGCACUAUCAUCGCUCUAUUCAAAGAAGCAUGAUUUUUCUGGCAAUAGAUGCGAGAGAGUAUCUCAAAUACAAGGCAAGGAGAUAACCGACAUAGAGGGACCUGUAAAAUAUGUUCGAAGCAAUAAGAGCAUCACUGUAGUCUCCAAAGGCAUGGUACUAAAGGAAUAA